AACCACAAACUCCGAAGAAAGUGCUGCGAAUAAAACCAGCUGCCAAGAGGCUUUCUAUCAACUAUGGCGUCGACCUCCAGCAUCUUACCUCUUGCUUUACCUAAAGGAAAGAAAAAGUUUUGCGAGCUAUGUCAUGGCGAGGCGUAUUUUCAAUGCAGCAAGUGUCGAGUCACCUUCUAUUGUAAUGUGGAGCACCAGCAGGCUGACUGGGCGGGAAUCCAUGAAACGAUUUGUCAGCUGCUUGUUCCCAUACGUGCCCCAACAGAUAUUCCCAACCAAGCCGCCCUCAGGGCAAACCAGCUAAAGAAGAUAGAGCUGAUUAGGAUUUGCAGGUUGGAGGCUCAAUGCAAGCUGUUGGAGGGAAAACAUCAAGAGGCACUUCCUGCUGCUCACUGCUGCCUGCAAACAUCCAUUGACGUACAUGGUGUUAGCAGCAUUGAGCUCGUUCCUGCCUAUUUGCUGUUGGCGGAGGCCAACGCUGGCCUGAAUAAUACUGCUGCUGUAGCAAGACACCUUUCAAAGGCUGAGCUCACCGUGGUGAGGAGUCCAGAACCAGGACCUUUCAUCCAACACUGGCUUCAUAGGAGCCUGGGCCAAUUCUGCAUGGCAGCUGGAAAGCUGGAAGCAGCUCUGCAUCACUUUGCAAAUGAUAUAUACUAUGCCACUGAGGAGUAUGGUUUUGACAGCGCCACCACCUCUAAGGGCUACUUUCUAAUGGCUGCCGUGUUUUUCAAACAAAAGAAGUUGACCCUGGUUCACUACUUAUAUUCUAAGGUCGCACAAAGUUGGCACAACCAUCUCAGCGGUCUGUUGAAAACCAACACCAAUGUCCUCCAGAACUCUGCUGUGUCGCCAUAUUCCUCUUAUGAAAAAUCCCGGCUGGUUGAAAUGGAGGAGAUGCUGAGAACCAUGUUGGAAUUUCAACAAAAGGAGUUCAGAAAAAACGCAGUUCAGGCAGCGCUGUUGACCCACUGCCUGGCCAUGUUGUGGCUGCUCAGAGGAGACUUCCAAAAGGCGCUGGGAUUUGGCAGCACAGCCCUGCAGGCCAGCCAGCAGAUAGCAAAACAUGACCUGACAGAAUCCAUCCAAGGGCUGCUGCAGCAGGUGCAGUCUGCAGGCUGAACCACGGCCUGCUUCUGGUUAGACAACACCCCUGCUCUGCCUUUUGGUUCUUCCCUGAGAUCUAUUCCAACGAUGUUUUCAACCUUACAGUUCAUCCACACAGGGAUGGAGAGAGUAGCUGAAAAGUUAAAUAAUAAAACAUUUUAUUAUUCAUCCACUUAUCA